UCUUUUGCUCAUAAGAGACCCGGCCACCGCUGGCCUACUCGCUGCCAAGCUCAUACACGCUCUUUACCUGGUGUCGACGGGGACUCAGUUCCGGCGUUCUCUGCGAGACUGGCUCUCGGACUCUGUUGCGAUCGUGUCCUACUGCUGCCUAUUGCUGACGUCCUGGCUAGACGGUUCAAUGGCUCGUAUACCCUUACCUCUACUACUUACUGCCGUUGCAGGCUUAAUACCACUAGUGGCCGGCCAUGCAGCGUUCUUCCACCCAUCGAUGUGGGGUUUCAACGUGACAGCGCAGACAUUCCCUUACGAUAACCGCCCCGUGGCUCCCCUAACAGAGUACACCUUCGACCAAUGGUGGUUCCAUGGCCACCUGGACUAUCCGCCCAAUGAUGGCGACAUCUUCGAGCUGCCUGCAGGCCAGCCCGUAACGACGCAGAUCGCCUGCGACAAGGGUGCUACCACCUUCUUCGCCUCUGAUCCCGGAGGAGACAUCCAGAACGGUGACGACCCGUGUCCCGGCUCGCCCCCGUCCGAAUACCAUACGACCGGUUUCGACGACCUCAAGGGCUGCGCGCUCGCUAUCACGUACAAGUCGAACGUGUCCGAUGUGCAGCCUGAGGACUUCACCGUGUUCAGUGUCAACCAGACGUGCGUGUGGUACCGAUUCACGGACUUCCAGGUACCCGCGAGGAUGCCUGCCUGCCCGGAGGGCGGCUGCAUCUGCGCAUGGCUCUGGAUCCAUUCGCCUGACAGCGGUGGCGAACAGAACUACAUGAAUGGCUUCCGCUGCAACGUCACUGGCGCGACGUCCGACGUGGCCCUGGCCACGCCACAAGUCCCCCGCCGCUGUGGCGCCGAUCUCGACAACGGCCGGGUCGACGCUAGCUUUAGCAACUGUACGUGGGGCGCGAAGCAGCCGUUCUACUGGCUCCAGCAGGAACGCAACAAUAUGUUCGAAGGCUACUACUCCCCGCCCUUCUACACGAACCUCUAUAACUUCCUCGAUGGCGCGCAACAAGACAUUUUCCAGGACUCGUACCCUAACGGGCUGCCCACGCCCGUCGUGAACGGCACCGUGCCCGUCCCGAACUUCGUCGGCGUGCAGCCGACCGCGACGCCCAGCGCGCCGAGCGGACUGCCGUUCGCCAUCGUGGGCACGCCCGCGCCCGUGGCGACGGCAACGUCGAGCGCCGGUGCGGGAGGCGGGGGGACCACUACCUCAGAUGUCAACAUCGCUUCAGCAACGGCUUCUUCCUCGACCUCCAGUCCCACAGGCCUCAGAUGUGCGGCGAGAGGCAGUCAGGCCAACUCAAAAACCCGUCGCGUGGCCCGUCGCUCGACAAAGAGCGGUCUCCAGGACGUCUGGGAGGCGAUGAAGCCCGGCUUGCGUCGGCGUGAUGCCGACCCCGGUGACAACGCGACCGACUCGUUAGUAGUACGGGGCGCGAGGGCGUACAGGCCGGCUCAUAGGAGCAGGCUUUGGCGGGUCUUCUAAUGUGGCGUCUCGUGGGCGGUGUGCUACGUAUUUUAGUGCGCGCGGGCGUGUAGAACGAGUACGCUUUGUGCAACAUGAUCUUGGUGAUACCCCUUCUUGACAGAAUACCUGGCGUCUCGUGUAGCAAUAGUGAUCGGGCUCUGGCGGCUCGUGUAUGAGUAGUGUAAUUGUAGCUUUGAUCUUUGGAAUCUCAACGACUCCAUUUUUGCGACGCAAA